AUGUCCUAUCCCCCCCGUGUCCUAUUUCUCUCUCUCUCUCUCUCCCUGGUGUCCUAUUUCUUUCUCUCUCUCUCUCCCCCCCGGUGUCCUAUUUCUUUCUCUCUCUCCCCCCCAGUGUCCUAUUUCUUUCUCUCUCUCUCUCUCCCUCCGGUGUCCUAUUUCUCUCUCUCCCCCGGUGUCCUAUUUCUUUCUUUUCUCUCUCUCUCUCUCUCCCCCGGUGUCCUAUUUCUUUCUUUCUCUCUCUCUCUCUCCCCCGGUGUCCUAUUUCUUUCUUUCUCUCUCUCUCUCUCUCCCCGGUGUCCUAUUUCUUUCUUUUCUCUCUCUCUCUCUCCCCAGUGUCCUAUUUCUUUCUUUCUCUCUCUCUCUCUCCCCGGUGUCCUCCUUUCUUUUCUCUCUCUCUCUCCCCGGUGUCCUAUUUCUUUCUCUCUCUCUCUCUCCCCCGGUGUCCUAUUUCUUUCUCUCUCCUCCCCCGUGUCCUAUUUCUUUCUCUCUCUCUCUCCCCGGUGUCCUAUUUCUUUUUCUCUCUCUCUCCCGGUGUCCUACUUUUUUCUCCUCUCUUCCGGUGUCCUACUUGUCUCCCCUCUCUCUUUCCUCUCUCCCUCUACUAUCUCUCCCUUUCUCCCAUUCCUUCUCUCUGUUCCUUCCCUCUUUCUCUCUCAAAGGUUCAAUUUGUAUACUAUUAAUUAG